UGAAAGCUGCGUGCACACUAUUUGCGGCAAACUAAAUUUCGUGUGUUUUUAUUUUAGUUAAAUCAUUCAUUUUUGGGGCUGGCCCUAAGCGUGGCCAACAAUUUGGGAAGCGUUUAGCCGUAAAUCAGUAUUCACAGGAGCUAUCGACAUUAUUUGGCCCUGUCAACGAAAUAGAGUUACGUAUUGGCAUUCGGAGGAGUUACGUAGUCGUUCCGGGGACUUGGAAAUAAUGUUGAAGGGCCUGCGGCAUGUGCGGAAUGUGCUGCAGCGCGGCAGCCACCAGUUGGCCCAGAUCCGCAGUGCCACGGGGCGGCCCCAAAUGAGUUCCCGGGAGCUGUCGCUCCUCCAACUCAGCCGUCGACAGGUGGUGCAGUUGCAAGCGGAGUACAAGGCGAUUGUGGGCGUCAUAGCCCGCUCCCUGCAACUAACGCCCAAGGAAGUGCGACUGAUGCACCUGCGCAGCCUGAGCACCGCCGGAAAGCCUCCUCCCACGUCCACGCAGGACAAGGCGGCAGAGCCCGGGAAGGAUGGAGCCAAGACUGAAGAAAAGCCAGCUGCCUCGGCGGAGGGCAGCGAGAAGAGCAGCAAGGGCUCAGGAGAGGAAGUAUCCGGCAAUCCCAAUGCCAAUCCGAGCGCCAGCAGUUCCUCUGGCGAACCCGGCGAGGAUCCGAACAAGAACAACAAUGAGAACGACGAGAAGAUGCGUUCGGUGCUGACCAAGGCUGUGCUUUGGCUCUUCACCAUCUAUAUGUUUGUGGCCUUCUUCUCCUUGCUGAUUACACCGCGUUCCGAGAGGCCAGAGGGCUCCACGCGCUACGUGUCCUGGAACGAGUUCGUGCACCAUAUGCUAGCCGUGGGCGAGGUCAAGGAGCUGAUCAUACGGCCCGACAUGGAGAUGGUCACCAUCAUCCUUCACGAGGGAGCCGUCAUUAAGGGCCGAAAGGUGUCCUCCACCAUCUUUCACAUGGCGGUGGCCGAUGCCAACAAGUUCGAGGAGAAGCUGCGGGAGGUGGAGAAGCGGCUGGGCAUCAAGGAUGGUGUGCCGGUGACCUACGACCGCCAGACGGACACCACCGGCCGCAUCCUUAUGCUGCUGCUCGUCUGCGCCCUGCUCAUGUCCAUCGCCACCCGAAUGAAGAGCAUGAAGAGUCCGCUCAGCAUGGAUUCGUUUAAUCAAAUGGGCCGCGCCAAGUUCACAUUAGUGGAUCCUUUCGACGGCGGUCGCGGCGUGCUCUUCCGUGACGUGGCCGGUCUCAGCGAGGCCAAGCAGGAGGUGAAGGAGUUUGUCGACUACCUCAAGUCCCCGGAGAAGUACCAGCGCCUAGGCGCCAAGGUGCCUCGGGGAGCCCUGCUGCUGGGUCCGCCGGGAUGUGGCAAGACGCUGCUGGCCAAAGCAGUGGCCACCGAGGCCCAGGUGCCGUUCCUCAGCAUGAACGGCUCUGAGUUUAUCGAGAUGAUCGGCGGCUUGGGUGCGGCACGCGUGCGCGAUCUCUUCAAGGAGGGCAAGAAGCGGGCGCCGUGCAUCAUCUACAUCGACGAGAUAGACGCCAUCGGUCGGCAGCGUUCUGGCACAGAGAGCAUGGGACAGGGGAGCUCUGGCGAGUCGGAGCAGACGCUCAACCAGUUGCUGGUCGAGAUGGAUGGCAUGGCCACCAAGGAAGGCGUGCUAAUGCUGGCCAGCACAAAUCGGGCCGAUAUUUUGGACAAGGCCCUGCUGCGACCCGGUCGCUUCGACCGCCACAUCCUGAUCGAUCUGCCCACGCUGGUGGAGCGCAAGGAGAUCUUCGAGAAGCACUUGUCUUCGGUGAAACUGGAGUCGCCGCCCGCGACCUUCUCGCAGCGCUUGGCCCGCCUGACGCCGGGUUUCUCGGGUGCGGACAUAGCGAACGUCUGCAAUGAGGCUGCCUUGCAUGCGGCUCGCAAUACACAAAAAGAGGUCAGCAGCAAGAACCUGGAGUACGCCGUGGAGCGACUAGUGGGCGGCACCGAGAAGCGUUCGCAUGCCUUGUCGCUGGCCGAGCGCAAGGUGAUCGCCUACCACGAGUCCGGACACGCCCUGGUGGGCUGGAUGCUGCCCAACUCGGACAUCCUGCUGAAGGUGACUAUUGUGCCGCGCACCAGUCUGGCGCUGGGAUUCGCCCAAUACACUCCAAGCGAACAGCACUUGUACAGCAAGGAGGAGCUGUUCGACAAGAUGUGCAUGGCGCUGGGUGGUCGGGCGGCCGAGAAUCUGGUCUUCAAUCGGAUUACGACGGGCGCCCAGAACGACCUGGAGAAGGUCACGAAGAUCGCGUACUCACAGAUCAAAAAGUUUGGCAUGAACGAGAACCUGGGACCCAUCUACGUCCGGGAUGCCGAUGAGACAGAGGGCGGCGGUGCGAUGGGCAGCGGUGGCAAGAAGCCCUUUUCACGGGCAAUGGAGAGUCUGAUCGACAACGAGGCGCGCCACGUGGUGGCCAGCGCAUACCAAACCACCGAGGGAAUACUCACUACGCAUCGCGAUAAGCUGGAGAAGCUGGCUGAAGCGCUGCUGGAGAAGGAGACCCUGGACUACGAUCAAGUGGUGGAGCUGAUUGGGCCGCCGCCGCACGAUCUGGGCAAGCGGCAAGUGGACAGCGUGGAGUUCGAGCAGUCACUGAAGAACCUGGGCAGCGAUACGGACGCCACCAAAGCAUGAGGCUCUGAGUUCUGAGUUGAACUCAGGUUCGGAUUCAUAGUCAUACGCCACGUGCCCCAAGUCGCUCACCUUUCCGCCCGCCCCUGGUUCAUGUUCGUUGAAUGUAAAUAAAGUUGUUUACCUUUUUAAAUGA